AUGGCCACCGAUAAUUUAAUGUUCACGGUGAGAAGACAAGAAGCAAAGCUAGUGGCUCCAUCUAAAAGCACUCCUUGUGUCCAAUUGUGUCUUUCCGACUUCGAUAACCAUAAAGGUCUUCGAUUUCAAAUAGAAAACAUAUUCUUCUAUGCCCGGCUUGAGGAUGGAACCAUGAGCCAUAGAGAUCCAGCUAUGGUCAUGAGGGAAGCCCUUGCUAAGGCCCUUGUUUAUUACUAUCCAUUAGCCGGUCGGUUAAGGGAAGGCUUGGGACACAAGCCUUUCGUUGAUUGCACCGGUGAAGGAAUCUUAUUCAUUGAGGCGGAUGCCAACAUCACCCUCCAACAAUUAGGCAACAUUGUUCAACCUCCUUUUCCUAACUCUAAGGAGCUUCUUUAUAAUGUCCCUGGCUCUGACAAUAUCAUUGGUUGUCCCUUGUUGUUAAUUCAAUUAACACGCCUCAAGUGUGGGGGAUUUGUCUUCGCAAUCCGCCUUAACCAUCUCCUAUGCGAUGCCUCAGGAUUGGGGCAGUUCUUGAUCGCUGUCGGGGAGCUAGCACGAGGCCAAGAACUCUCCAUAAUGCCCGUAUGGAAGAGGGAGCUUCUAAACGCUAGAGAUCCACCUCGAGUAACGUCGCACCAUGAAUCCCCACUUGUUUCCAUGGAUAAGGACAAUAUGGGUGUUAUACGCUCUUUCUUUUUUCUACGCACGGAAGUGGAAGCUUUGAGGAAACUUGUCCCUAGAGAACUGCAUGCAUGCACUACGUUCGACUUGAUUACGGCCUGCCUAUGGAGAUGUCGCACCAUCGCUCUCGGGAUUCACCCGGAUGUUGAAGUGCGGGUGGUUAUUUUAAUGAACGCCCGCAAAAAGUUUCAACCUCAAUUUCCUUCCGGUUACUAUGGCAAUGCAGCCGUAACCCCGUCCGCGUUGUCAAUUGCGGGGAAGCUAUGUAGGAACCCUCUAGGUUAUGCCGUAAAUUUGGUUAUGAAGGCAAAAAAGGAGGUUACUGAUGAAUACUUGAGAUCGAUUGUCCAGAAAGGGCGGCCUUACAUCACUACUAAGAACAACUAUUUUGUUUCAGACUUGAGGCAUUCCGGGUUCUCCGAAAUCGACAUUGGUUGGGGGAAACCUCGCUAUGGCGGAGGACUCAAGUGCCGUGAGUGGGACAGUAUGUUCAUACCCACUAAGAAUGAAAGAGGGGAGGAUGGAAUAGUGGUGCCAAUAAUGCUCUCAGAGCUUGCCAUGAAGGUAUUUGAGGAGGAGCUCUUAAGCUUACUAAAACAUGCUUCUCAUCAACAUCAUUAUUGUUUCAACUCAAAGAGUUCCAUAUGA